UCGAUUUGCAUCGCAUCGACAAACAAAAAUGGUUGUUGCGUCGCCUUGGUCGCCUUCGUAAAUCGCAUUAUUAAUGGUGAUGUGUAACCAGUUGCAGUGUUUGUGAUAUUCUUGUGACGAGCAGGAAAAAAACAAAUGCAAAAUGUUGGAAAUUCCGUUAAUGACAACGGAUGAGGUGAUUGAAUUAGAUCCGGAACAGUUACCGGCUGGAGAUGAAGUGCUCGGUAUUCUGCAGCAAGAGCGCUCGCAGCUCAGUGUUUGGAUCAAUGUUGCGCUUGCCUAUUACAAACAAAAGAAGAUUGAUGACUUCCUCAAAAUCCUGGAGGCGUCCCGUGUGGACGCCAACAUGGAGUACCGGGAUGUUGAAAGGGACCAAAUGCGAGCUCUCGACAUGCUCGCCGCUUACUAUGUUCAAGAAGCCAAUAAGGAGAAAACCAAAGAUAGAAAGAAGGAGCUGUUCACAAAAGCCACUUUACUGUAUACCAUGGCCGAUAAAAUCAUCAUGUAUGAUCAAAACCAUCUCCUUGGCCGAGCCUAUUUCUGUCUACUUGAAGGAGACAAAAUGGAACAAGCAGACGCUCAAUUCAACUUCGUACUUAACCAGUCUCCCAACAAUGUUCCCUCUCUUCUCGGCAAAGCCUGCAUAGCCUUCAACCGCAAAGAUUACAGAGGAGCACUGGCGUUCUAUAAGAAGGCACUGAGAACCAACCCUGAUAGCCCUGCGGCAUUGCGGUUAGGGAUGGGGCAUUGCUUUAUGAAGUUAAAUAAUCAGGAAAAAGCUAGGAUGGCUUUUGAAAGAGCUCUACAGUUGGACCCACAAUGCGUGGGUGCGCUAGUCGGCCUAUCCAUCCUCAAGCUUAAUCUACAAGAGAAUGAGUCAAACAAGAUGGCUGUGAUAAUGUUGUCCAAGGCGUACGCCAUAGACCCCAAGAACCCCAUGGUGUUGAACCAUUUGGCGAACCACUUCUUUUUCAAAAAGGACUACAGCAAAGUGCAACACUUGGCUCUUCACGCGUUCCACAACACGGAGAACGAGGCCAUGCGCGCAGAGUCGUGCCACCACCUGGCGCGGGCGUUCCACGCGCAGGGCGACUGCGACCAGGCCUUCCAGUACUACUACCAGGCCACGCAGUUCGCGCCGCCCAACUUCGUGCUGCCGCACUACGGCCUGGGCCAGAUGUACAUCUAUAGAGGAGACACUGAGAAUGCUGCCCAAUGCUUUGAGAAAGUCCUCAAAGUUCAGCCCGGCAACUACGAGACCAUGAAGAUCCUCGGGUCGCUGUACGCCAAUUCAGCCUCGCAGUCCAAGAGGGACAUAGCCCGGCAGCAUUUGAAGAAGGUCACCGAACAGUUUCCUGAUGAUGUGGAAGCGUGGAUAGAAUUGGCGCAGAUAUUGGAGCAGAAUGACUUACAGGGAUCCCUGAAUGCAUACAGCACCGCAAUGAAGAUCCUGAAAGAGAAGGUGAACGCAGACAUCCCUGCGGAGAUAUUAAACAACGUAGCAGCCCUGCACUACCGGCUGGGCAAUCUACAUGAGGCCAAAACUUACCUCGAGGAAGCGCUAGAAAGGGAGAAAGUAGACGCGGAAACUCUAGACGCCCAGUACUACAAGUCCAUAGCUGUGACCACCACGUACAACCUGGCCAGGCUCAACGAAGCGCUGUGCAUGUACAACAAGGCCGAGAAACUGUAUAAGGAUAUCCUGAAAGAGCAUCCCAAUUAUAUUGAUUGUUAUUUGAGGCUGGGUUGCAUGGCGCGCGACAAAGGGCAGAUCUACGAGGCGUCGGACUGGUUCAAGGAGGCGCUGAAGGUGAACACGGAGCACCCCGACACGUGGUCGCUGCUCGGCAACUUGCACCUGGCGCAGCAGGAGUGGGGCCCGGGCCAGAAGAAGUUCGAGCGCAUCCUGCAGAACUCCUCCAACGCCAGCGACGCCUACUCGCUUAUAGCUUUAGGAAAUGUUUGGCUCCAAACGCUACACCAACCGUCCAGAGAGAAAGACCGAGAAAAGCGUCAUCAAGAACGAGCUUUAGCCAUGUACAAGCAAGUUCUGAAGGUCGACGUCAAGAACAUCUGGGCCGCUAAUGGCAUCGGCUGCGUUCUUGCACAUAAGGGUUGUGUGAACGAAGCCCGCGACAUCUUCGCCCAAGUGCGAGAGGCCACGGCUGACUUUCCGGAUGUUUGGAUGAACAUCGCUCACAUCUAUGUGGAACAGAAACAAUACAUCAACGCUAUCCAGAUGUACGAGAACUGCAUCCGCAAGUUCCGCAUGCACCACGACGUGGAGUGGCUGACGUGGCUGGCGCGCGCGCACGGGCUGGCGGGCCGCCCGCAGGCCGCGCGCGCCGCCCUGCUGCGCGCGCGGAGAGUCGCGCCGCACGACGCCGCCCUCUUGUACAACGCGGCGCUCACGCUGCGGAGGCUCGCGUCGCACGUCUUGAAGGACGAGCGGAGUUCUUUGGAUGUCGUGUUGCGAGCGGUGCACGAGUUGCAGGUGUCGCACAAAUACUUCCAGCGCCUGGCCUCAACAGAGAGCGGCGAGGGCGCCGAGCGAGCUCGCUACGAACCCGCGGCCGCCGCGGCCGAGGCUCGGACAUGUGCCGACCUGCUCUCUCAAGCGCAGUGGCAUGUGGCCAGAGCGAGACGGCAACACGACGAGGAGGUCACCAUGCGCGACCGACAGAGAGAGCAGAGGGAAGCCUUCAGGAAGCAGCAGGAAGAAGAACGCCGCCGCCGCGAAGAACAACAGCAAAAGAGCACCGUCGAGCAACUACAGAAGCGACAAGAAUUCAAAGAGAAGACCAAAAACGCUCUGCUCUUCGCCGACAUGCCGCUUGAGGAGAAGAAGAAGGGAGGAAGGGGGAGGAGAAAGGACGAAUAUGUGUCUGAUUCGGGGAGUGGCAGCGAUCGGCCUAAUGAGGAGAAGUUAGUAUUGAAAUUACGGGAGAGGAAGAAGAAGGAGAAGGGGUCGCGCGGGAAGGGCAAGAAGCGGCGCGAGCGCGGCUCCGGCUCCGACAGCGACCGCCCGCCGCACAAGCGCGGCCGCGGCCAGAAAGAAAAAGGGGGUAAAAAAGAUAAGGCAUCCAAAGCGGCCGACGAGAAGCUCAGCGCCAAACAGCGGCUCAAGAUUGUCUCGAAGGAGACUAUUUCCACGUCCGAGUCGGAGUCUGACGCAGGCAGUCGCCGCUCGCGCAGUCGCAGUCGCAGCGGCAGUCGCAGUCGCAGUCGCAGUCGCAGUCCGCCCGCCAAGGGAGGGAGGAAGAGGAUUAUGUCCAACAGCGAUAGUGAUAGAUCACGUUCCAAAAGCCGUUCGAAAUCCCGCAGCCGAUCUCGCUCCGGUUCAGCCAAGAGCCGGUCCCGAUCCAAGAGCCGUUCGCGGUCCAAGUCUGGCUCACGCUCGAAGAGCCGCUCCCGUUCCAAGAGCAGAUCCCGGUCGAAGAGUGGUUCAAGGUCGAAGAGCCGGUCGAGGUCAAAGAGCAGGUCGAGAUCGAAGAGUCGCUCAAGGUCUAAGAGUGGGUCAAGGUCCAAGAGUCGGUCAAGGUCGCGGUCCAAGAGCCGGUCGAGGUCACGGUCGAAGAGCGGCUCGAGGUCACGGUCAAGAUCAAAAAGCAAGUCCCGUUCGAAAUCCCGCUCCCGAUCCAAGAGCGGGUCUCGAUCUCGUUCCCGCUCCAAGAGUGCGUCCAGGAGCGGCUCGUCGCGCCCCGCCACGCCCGUGUCCAGGAAGUCCGUGUCGGCCAGCGACGACGACGACUAGACCACGCUGCUCAUGCGGGAGGCGAGAGCCUUCACAAGUGUAUAUAGGUUUACAUUACUUUACUGACAUACGAAAUAAUAGCAAGUUUUAUAACAAUGCGAUGCUGGAAAAGACAAAAAUACUAAUUCUGAAUACUUGAGAAUGCUUGAAUUGCUCAUUCUGAAAAUCAUCCAUACUUCCAUAUCCGACAAUCGUAAUAUACGCGGGUGCGUACCAUCGCCCUUAUUACAAAUGGCAUAAGGUCUACCGAUGGAGAGUUAAGGGUAUUGCUAUGUUUGUAUACCUUAAUAAAAUUGUACACUUACAGACACGGCCAGCGAAAUAAUUCCUUAUUUUUGAAUUAUGAAUAUUGUAUAUUUUUUGCAAGUCACUAAAGGCACCGGUCAAUUCUAGAUAAUGACGUUAGAAAACCUCUUCUUUCACACACUAACACAUGUAAGAAAGUACAAUGAGUGUUGGUAAAAAGUAAUUAUGCUGCUACUAAACCACUUAAAAAAUACACCGUCUGUAUAUUCGUUGAUCGCGCUUAUGAAUUUUUGUAAAAAUAGAAUACCAAAUAUUUUAAACCAUGACAGAAUCAUCUAGAAAACAAAACGCGCUGAUUUUUUUGAAAUGAGUAUUUAAAUUUGUGCUAUUCACCAACUUUUUCCCUGGCUCCAAAAUCAGAAAUCGUGGACUCGUCGGCGCAGAUUUCUCUGUCUCAAAAAGUGAUAAUAAUAUUAAUAAUUAGCCUGAAAGUUCUUCCAUCUCGUAUUGCUCCGUAAGGUCAUGCACACAAUACAUCGUGUAUAUUCAUGAACAGCCACCACCAUAUUCAACCUAGAAUUGUUAUCUUACUCAGUUACCUGUGUUUCUUUUGAAUAUAAUAUAUAUAUGAUUGUAUGUGUCAUUCGUUCUAUUCCAUUCGCCUCUUAAAAUACGAGGCCUAUUUGAACCAAUCAGUAUUGUUUUACAUUACUAUGUCAAUUCAGAAUGUCAUGUCUUACCCAUUUAUUUACCCUAUGUACUAUUACCUACGGAACUAUCAACUGCAUAUUUGACAUAUUUCUAUAAUUUUACUGUAGAUAGAUAUUUUAUUAUUGACCUUUCUUCCCUUACAUCUGUGAAUACCUAAAAGUGAUAUUUGUUUGAUGUAAGGGUCAUACACAUACUUAGGUUCUAAUUUGUCUUUCCUGUUACUGAAAAUUAGGGACUAACCCCCUUAUUCAUAAACGUGUACUAAAGU